AUGGAAGAGUUCAGCGCGGGCAGCGCCCUAAGCGCUUUGGCGGACCGACCGACAGGCGCGGGCGGGGGCGGCGAUACGGGCGGCGGCGGGGCGGCCUCCAAGGAGCAACUGCUGCUGGGCGGGCUGGCGCAAGCGACACCCGCCGCCGCUGCCGCCCGUCAGCUGGCGCGCCAGACGUCCGGCACGCCAGGCCUGCGGUACAGGAACUUGGGCAAGAGCGGGUUGCGCGUAUCCAACAUCGGAUUGGAGGUGGUUCGCGCCAUGCACUACGUCAUCUCACAGGGCUGGUCUAUGUACUGGGGCACGGCUCGCUGGUCAGCGGUCGAGAUCAUGGAGGCCUACACCAACUGUAGACAGUUCAAUUGCGUCACGCCUAUAGUUGAGCAGACCGAGUACCACAUGUUCUGCAGGGAGAAGACGGAGUUGUACAUGCCGGAGUUGGCUGAUGGCGUGGUCGCCGAUCUCGAUGGGGUUCACGCAAGGCAGAGAAGAAGGCAGCAGCGGAUGCAGCGUUCAGCUGUUCUCCAGGGCCAGCUUCCGCAACAAAGUUACAGCUGGAUGAAGGAUAGGAUACAGCCCGAAGAAUCCCGAAGACAGACGGAGAGAGUGCGAGAAUUGAACGCUCUGGCGGAAAAACUUGGGUGUACAUUGACUCAGCUCGCCAUAUCGUGGUGCCUCAAAAACGAAUCAGUGCAAUGCCUGUUGCUUGGAGCGACCUCUGUCGAGCAGCUGUACGACAAUAUACAAUCGUUACAGGUCUGCGAGUUCGUGAGGACUCGUAAGAGCAAAACCCCCGAGACGGAGAAACCGCCCAAAGAGAAGGUCAGAUGGUCCUAUAGCCCCGAGGAUGGCCCACGGUGCACCACGGUGGAGGCUGUUCUGGGCGGGGGCAACAAGAAAAAGGACAAGAAGAGCCCCAUGCAGGUAUGA